UUUUCAACUCUUACUGUAGCACAGAAGCAGCCGUAGGCCACGACCGGAUGGGUAAGUCAGACUCGUACACAAAGUGGUUGGCCGGAUUUGGCCGCAUGCCCGCGUUCCGGACCCCUGUUCUAGACGAAGGCGACUACGGAUCAUCUCGGGUCCUGUCCUUUCCCGUUACGGAAUUGCAAGCUUCGCGAGAGAAGCCGCACGCUUUUGUUCACUGGAUCUUCCACGCCAAGAGCGACUGGCAUCGGCUCCAAUGUUCACGGGAUAACAGAAAUCCAUACUUGCAAUACCUUCUGGUCCUACCGCGUCUAUUUCCCUCCUCCAGUGGAGGAGGUGCUCCUUCUGCUCCGUCUGUCCCCUCAGGGUGCUUCCCUUGUAUUUACUUCAACUAGACUCCACCCUCCUCUAGAGCAGAGGUGGGUCUCUUCCAUUCUGGAAGCCCCGGGCGCAUCAGAAUACUUAACCGAACACACUCUAUAGAUCUGCACGGAAAGAAGAAAUCGGUCACCACAAGAAGAUCGAGGGGAGGAUCCAGAGUACCAGCUCCGAGUGAAGGAAUCCGUGACCGUGCAGGAGGGUCUGUGUGUCCACGUGCCCUGUUCCUUCUCCUACCCCUGGAACCUGUGGUAUUCCCAGACGAUGCUCUACAUAUACUGGUUCCGGGAAAAGGACACCUCAAGCAACCGUUAUCCGGUGGCUACAAACAACCCACAGAGAACAGUGAGGACAGAGGCCCGGGGCCGAUUCUGCCUCGUCGGGGACCCCUGGGCCAACAACUGCUCCCUGAGAAUCAGAGACGCCAUGAGGAGUGACGAGGGAGUCUACUUUUUCCGAGUGGAGAGAGAAAACGUGAGAUAUACUUACACACAUACGACGAUGACUCUGCGGGUGGCAGCCCUGACACAGGAACCCGACAUCCACUUCCCGGAGCCCCUCAAGUCUGGCUGGCCCGCAGAGCUGACCUGCAGCCUGCCGGGGUCCUGCGAAGGGGGAAGACCUCUCACAUUCUCCUGGGUGGGGGCUGCUCUGGACUCGCUGGACCCCGAGACCCUGCACUCCUCAGUGGUGACCUUCACCCCGAGGCCGCAGGACCAUGGCACCAAGCUCACCUGUCAGGUGAAACUGCCAGAAGUUCAGGCCACCGUGGAAAGAACCAUCUGGCUCAAUGUCUCCUAUGCCCCCCACAACCUCACCAUCAGCAUCUUCAGCAAUGUCACAGGUAGGAAAGAACUGUCCUCUUGGGGGCUGGGACCUGGCCUUGGAUGGGGGAGGCGGCUUCCACCAUGUGGGAUGGGGAUCGUAGCUGGAAUGGGACCAGAUAAGGGAAGAGCACGGAUAAAGAUCACCACCCUCCCUCCUCCACCUUGCCUGGGUGCAAAAGUGGCUGCUCAGGCACACUCUGUUCACCUCUACGGGGCGCUGCUGUGGUUUUCCUCCUCCCCUCCCGCCCCAGCCUCCUCCAUCCUGUUUCCUGCCGAGUUCAGAGUUCACCAACUGAGGCCACCAAACAGUCCAGGCGUGUCCCAGUGGGGGCACCGAGCCUUCUCUGAAGAUGUGAAGCCCGGACACUUGAGGUCAACCUCUUUUGGGCGUAAAGCCCAGCCUUUGAGCCUUGUUGGACCCAAGUCAGUGGCCCAGGGAAGGCGAGGGAGAUGCCAACCAGAUCCUGGGACGGAGGGAGACGUGGAGACUGCCGGUCUCCAGCAGCUGUCUCAAUGCCUCUCUCUCCUCUCUCUACAUCUCUCCCCCAAAGCCCUCCGCAUUCUGGAAAACACCUCAUCCCUUCUCAUCUGGGAGGGCCAAGCUUUGCGGCUGCUCUGUGCUGCUGCCAGCAACCCCCCCGCCGAGCUGAGCUGGUUCCGGGGGUCCCCUGCCCUGAAUGCCACCCCCAUGUACAGGACCCACAUCCUGGAGCUGCCUCAAGUCGGGGCUGCGGAGGAAGGAACGCUCACCUGCCGUGCUCAGAACUCGCUGGGCUCCCAGCACGUCUCCCUGCGUCUCUCUGUGGUUUGCCCCCCGCGGCUGCUCGGCCCCUCCUGCUCCUGGGAGGGCGAGGCUCUGGGCUGCACCUGCUCCGCCAGAGCCCGGCCGGCCCCCACCCUGCGCUGGCGGCUGGGGGAGGGGCUGCUGAAGGGGAACCACAGCGACGCCUCCUUGACCGUCACCUCCAGCUCCGAGGGGCCCUGGGCCAACAGCUCCCUGAGCCUCAGGGGGCCGCUGCGCUCCGACCUCAGACUCGGCUGCGAGGCCCGGAAUGAGCACGGGACCCAGAGCACCGACGCCGUCCUGGUGUUGCUGCCAGGGAAGUCGCUCUCCCUGGCAGAAACCGCGACUGCAGCUGUGGGAGGCGCCGGAGCUAUGGCUCUGCUGUGCCUGUGUCUGUGUCUCCUCGUCUUCUGGGUGGUGAAAGCCCGCAGGAAGCAAGCGUCUAGGAGUCAAGAGGGCAUGGCUAAUGAAGACCCUGUCAUGGGUACAGUCGACUGGGGUUCCAGGAAGAAGCCCUGGCCAGACAGCCCUCCAGAUCAAACGACCCCUGCCGGGGAUGCCCCUCCCUCGGGGGAGCAGCAGGAGCUCCAUUACGCCUCCUUCAGCUUUCACGGGAUAAAGAUGAGGGAACCUCAGGACCAGGAGGCCACCAGCACCAGUGAGUACUCGGAGAUCAGGAGGAGCAAGUGAGGGCCGCCUGGAGCCAGGAAUCCCAGCCCCUGCGGGGAGAGGAGAAGUCAGGCGCCAACUGAUGAAGUGCGUGGAGCCUGUGGCGAUAUAAAGGAGCAGGACUGUCCGGGUGUCCCCGGGUAGAGCAGAUUUGGGCUCAAACGUAGCCUGUCAAGCAAGUCACUUCAUCUCUGCGUGCUUCAGUUUCCCGUUCCGUAAAUCAGAGAUCAUGCCUUCUGCCUCAAAGGUGGUUGUGAACAGUAAAGAAAUUAACACAGAGAAA